AUGGUCAUAAAGACAGACGGCCGCUCCAUUUCAGGUCACAUCUCUGACGAAGAAUACGUUGAAAAUGUUUCAAUUAGAAAUUACAUUAUAAUCAAGGAGCUAGGAACGGGGAGUACCGCAAAGGUAGUUCUAGCCUUUGAUAAAAAUAGUGGAAGAAGAGCUGCAAUCAAGAUCGUAAAAAGAAAACAAAAGGAGGAAAGCCCUGCACCAGAAGGUCAAGGAUUUGAGCUAAAGACGCAAAAUCCAACAGAUAUUGCAAAUGAAGGCUUCAACGAUGAGAGAAUUUACAGAGAAGUGGUUAUUUCUGUUCUUUUGGACCAUCCUCAUAUUAUAAAAUUGCUAGAUUUUCUAUAUUCAGAUUCGUACUUUUUCCUUGUCUUUGAGUAUGUUAAGGGCAAUCAACUGUACGACAUAAUACUGAAGGAAACUAGGAUCUCUGAGGAACGGGCAAGAAAAUACUUUAGACAGGUGCUCUCUGCAAUAGAUUACAUCCAUCGAAACUCAAUAGUGCAUAGGGAUCUUAAAAUCGAGAACAUCAUUAUUGAUCAUAACGACAACGUAAAAUUACUCGACUUUGGGCUGUCGAAUUUUUACGAUAACAAGAACUUUCUCAAAACAUUUUGUGGAAGUUUGUACUUUGCAGCACCCGAGCUGCUUCUUGGCCAUACAUACAACGGGCCUGAGGUUGAUAUUUGGAGCCUUGGAGUCAUCCUAUAUGUCAUGCUGUGUGGAAAGGUGCCUUUCGAUGACGAAAGUGUUCGAGAGCUCCAGAACAAAAUAAAAGUGGCCAGCUUUGAGUACACGGUCUCUUUAUCGAAGCAUGCCCAAGAGCUGAUAUCAAAUAUGAUCGUGCCUGAUGUAGCAAAAAGAUUUACAUUGCCUGAAAUUAUCGGUUCAAAGUGGAUAAAUACUGGAUAUUCAUCUAAGGUGGAAAGCUACGUGGGCAAAAGAUUUCCACUGGCAAAACUAAACAACGAAUAUGUCAAGGCACUUCACUCUGCACUCUCAUUUCAAUUUUCAAAUACAAGUGAGCAUCUUGAAAGCUUUUUUAAUAUCUGCAAGCAGCAAACAGAGUCUUUGGACACUGUCUACUGGACAAAAAAUCCCAUAAUAUCGAUGUACUAUCUUCUUUCAGAAAACAUAGGAGCCUAUUCAAAUGUCAAUACACGUCUGCUGAGAUUUGACAAUAGAUCUUCCAGCAUCACCGACACGCUUCACAAAUUCGUAAUGUUUGUGUUUUCAAAUAGUUCAUCCCAGAGGCCUUCCAAAUACUUCUUUGCCGGCGCAUUUCAAGAUUCAAGCCAGGAAAGUAGCUCGGCUACGCAGAAACUGAACAUAACUUUCCAAGUAUCCAUAAAAGCUACAUAA